AACAGCACAGCUACUUGCUCUUCUCAUACGUCCCAUCCACUCUUUUGUACUCUCUCUUUCUCUCUUUCUGCUCUUUCCUCCAUAGCCAUCUCGCCAAAGCUCUUAACCCUCUCCUUUCUUUCAAACAAGAAGUGGAAGAGCCGGCCGUCCUUCGUGUAGCCGGCGACAGACUAUAAAAAUCUUCUCUGCACCAGUACACUACAGAAGAAGCAGCUACAUGCUCUUCUCUCUCUCUCUCUCGAUCGCAUCAACUCUGAUUUUACAGCUAUAGCCUACUAAUACUUGCACCGCUUAGAACGCUGUCCAAUUAGGCUUGGAAACUACGUAAAUGUUGGAUCUUAACCUUUCUGUGGUUUCUGCUAAUUCCACCUCUGGUUCUUUGGAGAUGGCGGGAGAGACCGGUGGGGCUACUAACAAAAAGAAAAACAUUCUAGAAGUUUCCUCUAACCAAAUGGAAAGUUCUGGUAGCUUCAAUUCCUCUUCCAUCGUCAAUGCCGGAGACGAGGACUCCUGCUCUAAUGGCGAACCUUGCGGCUACACUUUCAGCAUCUUAACUAAUGACCAGGCGAAAGUAUUUGACGACGAUGAUGAUGAUUGCGCCCGUGGCCGGACUAUACAGUUCUUUCCGGUGGACGGCCCGUCGUCGGAUUCCAUGAAGAGGCAGUGGUUGGAUCUUGGGGGUAGGGAUAUGGUGGCGCAGGUGCAACAGAGGCCACCGGUCAAGAAGAGUAGGCGUGGGCCCAGGUCCAGAAGCUCACAGUAUCGUGGAGUCACCUUUUACCGGAGAACUGGGAGAUGGGAAUCUCAUAUUUGGGAUUGUGGGAAACAAGUCUAUUUAGGGGGAUUUGACACCGCACAUGCUGCUGCGAGAGCAUAUGAUCGAGCUGCAAUUAAGUUCCGAGGGGUUGAUGCUGAUAUCAAUUUCAGUGUGAGCGACUAUGAAGAGGACAUUAUGCAGAUGAGCAAUUUUACAAAAGAAGAAUUUGUGCAUAUUCUGCGGCGCCAGAGCACCGGAUUCUCCAGAGGUAGCUCGAAAUAUAGAGGAGUGACACUGCAUAAGUGUGGACGAUGGGAAGCUCGUAUGGGCCAAUUUCUGGGAAAGAAGUACAUUUAUCUUGGGCUAUUUGACAGUGAGAUAGAAGCUGCAAGGGCCUAUGAUAAGGCUGCCAUCAAGUGUAACGGAAGGGAAGCAGUCACCAACUUUGAGCCAAGCACAUAUGAAGGCCAAAUAAUAUCAGAGGCCAAUAAUGGAGAUGGCAAUCAAAAUCUUGACCUAAACUUGGGAAUUGCUCCCCCUGAUAUAUCUGAGAGCCAAAAGAUAAACAGAGAGAUGGAUACUUUUCAUUUUCAGAGUAGCUGGGAUGGCAGGUCUAUUGACAGGGGACCAUUGAUUAUAAACUCUGCUUCCGCAACAUUCAAGGAUGAACUGCCAUAUGACCCUCCAAUGGCACCUGAGCCCCCUGCUUUAUGGGGUGGCUUAGAUACCAAUUUCUUUCCCAUCUGUAAGGAAAGAGCAAUAGAUAAGAGGAUGGAAGUAGAUUCAUUGCCAAAUUGGACAUGGCAAAGCCAAGGUCCAUAUGGUGGGGCAAAUCCACUGCCUCUCUAUUCUACUGCAGCAUCAUCAGGAUUCUCACCUUCAACAAUUACCGUACCUUCAGCAGCUUCCGGUCAAUUUCACUUUCCAAAUUCAGCAAUUCUCCACCGCCAUUUUUCUCCUUCCGUCACCAACCCCAGCAACAUCUUCCAUUUCUGCUGUAGGUAACUAGUAUACACAGUCUAACAAUGGCCGGAGUCCAAAACCUUGUUUUCUGUAUGGGAAGGAGGAGAUGGAUUGGCAAGCAAACAAAAGCCAGGAAUGGUAAUCAUAUUCAUAUGUUAUUGCAGUUAAAAACAAGGAUCAUUAGAUUCAGCUUUAAUAUUUCUUGUAAAGCUUUCAUUAAAGUGGAGGGUUUGGCCUGGAUGGUAAGAGGUAAUCUUGAAUAUUUCUACCUAAUCAUCUGGAAACCUAGUUGUCGUUUAGCAUUUAUGCUUUUAUUUGCAUAUAUUAGAGAUAUCGCUAGACCAAGGCAGGUUGCUCAUGUAUCAUCUCUGGUUUACUUGUAAGCUUCAUCUUCAGAAGGAAAACUAAAUCUCCAGAAAGAAUGAUCAAAAUGAAUAUAUUUGUUCAGGAAUGAUUGA